UAAGACACUUGAGUUAAAAAGCAAAGAUGAUUUAUUGCUGUUAUUUGACUUCUGUUAAAAAUUUGAAUUUUGUUUACAAUUCUUUUUUAUUUUUGUCGUUUAUAAUUUAUGUUGUUAAAACAAUGGAGUCCAUCCUUGAACCUGUAGUAACAGUUCCAGAACCAACCCAGUUCCAGAAUCCAGUUGGCAAAUAUAUUUAUUCACCCACUGUUCCUGAAGUUUCCAUGAUUAGCAACACCAGAACGACUGUAGACAAUUUUUCUUCUCAAGAAAACAUUUGGAAAAUGAAACAAAGAGGAAUGGAGAAUCCAGUUAAUAUGCCUAUACGGUAUCAACAGAGUCUUAUUCCUUUUGGUUACAAACAUUUGCAGGCAGAAUUUGCCAAAAAGCAAGUACGAUUUGAAAGCCCUGUAUCUCAGCAAACACAUGGUGAAUCCCAAAAAUACUUAUCGAAAAAUGUGGACUUUUGUAGUGUAGAGGCUGGUUGCAGCUAUCAAAAUUUUAGUGCAAUAAGGAAACAAAAUAGGGAGGUCGGUACGAAUCCAAAUAAUUUUGAACAAAUGUACAUGGCAAACAUUCCUGAUAGAAAAUUAGAUUUAUUAAGUAUUAUUGACAUUCCACAAGUAGCUAAUAAUAUUAACGACAUUAAUAUUGGUGAUACAGUCCCUUCCAAUAAGGAUCUCAAAGAGAAGCAGUCUGAAAAUGUACAACGUACAAAUGUACAAGGCACAGAGACAGUUAAACAGAAUAGUGAUACCAACACACAAGAUAAGACUUCAGAAAAUAAAGAAAAUGUAAUACCAAAAUCAUACCAACAAUAUUUGGAGCUACAGAAUAAAAUUGCCUCUAAAAGAAAAAUACACAAUGAUUCUGUAACUGAUAUUUUUAAUUACAAAAAAAAUAUCGCUACCCAAAAGCAAAAUAGCCCCCCUUCAUAUCAGCAGAAUGUUGGACAGAUUUCAAAUAAUAAUAGUGAUAGUAGACUUCAAGAGAAAUACGACAAAGUUUUUGAUACAGGUUUUCAACAGAAGUGCCAAACGUAUCAACCAAGUGUUCAACCCCAAACUAAACAGUACACAAGUGGUUAUAAUACACUGGUUCAAACAUUACUACCAUAUCAACCUUCUCAUGUACCCCCUUUGAGCCAAAAGUGUGAUAUGGAGACCCAAACAAAUUGUGAAGAUGUGUCAGAUUCCAAAGCUUUGGAGAAUCGGCGAAAUGGAGAACUUAAUAACUCGGAUCUUUUAAAAAUUAUUGCACAGCAAAAUGAACAGCUGCUUAUAUUGCAAAAACAGGUAGCCAUGCUAUUAGCAAGAGACAGGAACUAUUCAAAACCCAUAGAGGCGUCUUCCGAUCAAGAUAAAAAAAUUGCUGAUUCUCAGAAAUAUGGUCAUAUAUCGACACCCCAGAAGAAUCACUUCAGACAAGAAAAUACAAUAACACAACAGGCUAGCAUGUAUCAAGAUAACCAGAGGAAAUGGGGAACUUCAAAAUUCUCUAUUAAUUUGACUACAAGUUUUGACAUGCCUAUACGGGGUCAACCAAAGCAGAACUUUAUUAAUAAUGAGCCAAAAAUUCAGGAGUUAACAGAAUCAGACUUAUCUACGAAAAACGACAACGAUCUACUCCAAUCAAUACAUUUCCAGGAACCGCUAAUGGUGAGAGAAGAAUGCCCCAGUCCACUGCCGAGCAUCAACAUCAACAUGGACGAUUACGAAAGUUCUGAUGACGAAUCAUCGUCCACAGAAAUGGGUACAACGCUUUAUAAUAAUCUAAUGGGACAAGUAAACAAUAUCUUAAAAAGAGCUCAUAUACAAACGAACGAUUUUAGGCAAAAAGCACCAGAAGGGGAAAAGAUUCGAAACAAGACCUUGAACAAAGUGAAAGAAGCAACUCUGAAACAUUUAAAGAGUUUAGGAGUAACGAUUGACGAUGAAUGUGAUUUAGAAAGUAUGAGUAACCGAAGUCCUUCUGAUAUGAGUCUUACUGGAAAACAACUUUUAAAUAAGUACUUACCAUCAGAUCGAGUGAGAAAUGAACCGUGUGGUGCAAUCCUAGAACCAAGACCUGAGUUUUCUUUGGCUAGUUUGGAAUAUAUGAGGAAAUAUAAUUUGAUUUCUAAAGAGAAAAUGCCAGAAAUGACACAGUCGCCUAAAGGUCAACAAAGAGAAUAUUGGACCUGACUGCGAUACAAAUGCAGUCUAAACUUUUGUGAUUAUUUUUAUUUGUACACUAUAAAUAUUUUAUUUGAAUAAAGCUUUUAUAUUUUCCUCUA